CGGCGAUGUAGAUGAAUUCUAUUAGUUGGUUUUCUUCUUUGACGUAUUGUAAUCCUUCUUGUUCGUUGUUUUGAUUUGUAGGUUUUCAGUUUUGGUUGUGAUUCUGAUUUGUUGUAUGUUUCCAUUUCAUUUCUAUUGUUUAUUGGACUAUCUUCAUGAAUGCUGGGUUCAUAUGUUGCAGGCGCUGUCCUCGGUGGAUGGAUGGUGAUGUGGGCGGUCGGCGGUCCGGGCUGCUCUUCAACAUGGUCGGCAACGUCCUUGGACUCCUGGUGUCCGGCGCGCGGUUGUACGGCUGGCCCCUCUAUGCCAUGGAUGUCGUCCUCGGCUUGGCGGGCGAUGUCGUCCGGCUCGUCUUGGCACUCUGCGGGCGGUAGUACGGGCUGUCCCUCCAUGCAGUGGAUGACGUCCUCGGCUCGGCGGAUGAUGUUGACUGGUUCCUCUCGGCGUUCGGCGGGGUGCGGCGCGACUCCAGUCUCGACAUUCUCGGAUGAGGGUCCAGUCAACGGCGGGAGCGGGUGCAUGGUUAUGGUUAGCCGCUGGUUUUUUAUCCGAGCAACGGUGCGAGAAAUGGGAGUUCCUGUUUCUGAGACGUCAUCGACUGAGUGCUCUUCUGAUGUUUCAUCCUCCGGCUCUUGGGCUACCAACGUAUCCUCCACCAGAAUGCAGCUCUCCUCCACCUGUGUCGAAGAUAAAUCAUCCAGUACAUUGGGAUGGAAAUCGGCGGAUGCGGCGGCAGAUGCGGACGGCGGCGAACAAUCGGGUGAGAUGUCUUCGGUGUCCGACAGACUUGGAUUGACCUGGUCGUUUCCUGCCAUAGUUUGCGGAAAAAUAGCGCAACGAAAGUGUGCAGUGAAUAAACGUGAAAGUGUUGUGAUAUAUAAAAUAAUUAAUAAGAAAUCCAAUAGAAAUUGUGAUAGCUUCGUAGUGAGUGAAAUACAGAAAAAGUGGUUUAGCAAUGUGUUCAGUGAUAAAAUGAGUCAAGUUAGCAAUAUCGUUAACAUAAAAAUGACACGAACAUACAGGAUACACAGUGAACACUUAUGCGGUAAUACAGGUACGCCUCUUAUAAUUUAUUAUUACUAUUAUUAUAAAUAUCUUACUUUUAUAAUUUCUUGCCGCAAUUCAAUAUAUAGGCUAGUGUUCUUUGCACAAUUUUAUAUAAAAGGGGCAGUGUUUUGUUUGAAUUAUUCCGCAAUAUAUCCGUGAUUUAAUUUUACUUCCCUCUUUAUGUUUUAAAAACUUUUAAAAAUGUAAAUAACUUCAAUCCUCUUUUCUGUAAAUAUUUAUAAAUUGUUUCAAUAUAGACCUAAUAUUCUUCAAA